GCUGAUUCAAUUGGGGCGGGUCUGGGGCUAAAAUUGUGCGGGAUAAGCUCUUGGGAUCACAAAUUGCCCCUACAAGGUAGGUACCGCAUUACUAGGUACCGCUUGAAGGGUGCCUGGGUAGGCCUGUCAACCGUAGAAGCACCUCUCUCAUUCUGAAAAUUUAUUAGCCGUACCAUCUCUUUUUUUUCAAUCCUCUCUCUUUUUGUCCAUCCUCCUUUUUUGUCACCACUGCUUCCCCCUCCAGUUGUUGACGAAUCUCUCCUCCGCACCACAAACAACUUCUUGUUUCGAAGUUCACGGAAGAGAGAACAAAAGUUGACAAUUCGGCAACAACUGCAGAAACUCGUAAACAGUUGCGCCACUCCCCCAAGAUUCACCUAAAUCUUUAAUUGGUCUCAGCAGGCUUGGCCUUGUCGCUCAUUCAUCAUCCGUGUCCUCUUCAAUUCAUUCUACCCCUUUCUUAGUCACAUCGCACUAGCAAAUCUUCAACCUUCACUUCAGACGUGAAUAAUCAAUACAAUGGCGGACGAAAAGAUUCGUACCUCUGGUGAGGUUCCCCGACCGGAGCCAAAGGGCCCCAUCUUGCCCACCACGAACCCCGAGGCCGACAAACCUCAGCCUCCCAAGCCGGCCAUCCACCCGGCCUUCUACGUUGCAGUAUGGAUCAGUCUUUCGUCGUCUGUCAUUCUGUUCAACAAAUGGAUUCUCGACACGCUCGAAUUCCGUUACCCCGUUAUCUUGACCACCUAUCACUUAACGUUCGCGACCAUUGCGACGCAGCUGAUGGCGCGCUACACCACCCUCCUUGACGGUCGCAAGUCUGUCAAGAUGACUGGACGCGUCUACCUCCGUGCUAUCGUUCCUAUCGGUGUCUUCUUCAGCUUGAGUUUGAUCUGCGGUAACUUGACCUACCUCUACCUCAGUGUCGCUUUCAUCCAGAUGAUCAAGGCCACCACCCCCGUUGCAGUCUUACUUUCCAGUUGGGCUAUGGGUCUUGCACCCCCCAACCUCAAGCAGCUCCUCAACGUGUCUGCCAUCGUUGUUGGUGUCAUGAUUGCCUCAUUCGGUGAGAUCCGAUUCGUCUGGAUUGGUUUCUUCUACCAGUUGGGAGGUCUUAUGUUCGAAGCUAUCCGUCUCAACCUUGUCCAGGCUCUGCUCAGCUCUGCCGAGUACAAGAUGGACCCUCUCGUUUCCCUGUACUACUUUGCACCCAUCUGCGCUGCCAUGAACGGUGCUGUAGCCCUCAUUUGGGAGGUUCCCAAGGUCUCCAUUGCUGAAGUUUACCACGUCGGUCUCUUCACCUUCUUUUUGAACGGACUUUGUGCCUUCCUCCUUAACGUCUCAGUUGUCUUCCUGAUUGGCAAGACCUCUGCUGUCAUCAUGACUCUUUGUGGUGUCCUCAAGGAUGUCAUGCUUGUUCUAGCCUCCAUGCUUAUCUGGGGUACCCCUGUCUCUGGCCUCCAGGCUUUCGGUUACACCAUUGCGCUCGGUGGUAUGGUCUACUACAAGCUUGGUAUUGAGGCUAUUAAGGGAUAUGCUGGUGAAGCUGGCCGACACUGGGCCGAGUUUGGUGCCACGCGUCCUGCUCUGCGCAAGGUAGUCGUCAUCGCGGCAGCACUACUGUUUGUGUUCGUCCUCUUCGGUGGCUUGGCCCCCAACUACGCCUACGACCCUUCGCAGUACCUUUCCGGUGCUGCUGAGAAGUUCGGCGUCUCCUCAUGAGCGAAUAUGUGUCAACGAAACCUCUCCUUUCACCGUAUGCCUUUGUAAUCUUCUAGGUGGAUGGGAGUUAUAACUCGGGUUCUAAUGAGAACAGGGUCUGAUGGUGGGACGCUACGUGACGACCUAGUACGCGUUUCUCCUGAUUUUUCGGGUACAUAAUUGCACAUUUUCCGCUUCAUCUUCGUAGGGGAUGGUAGUAGUUGGAGAGAUUUUCCUUUACGCCGUGGACACUGAUGAAAGGGUAGUCAACACGGUAUUUUAUUGCACGGCUAUAGAUAGCAGACAUGGCGUCAAUUGCAAGGGUCGGGUUGCAUCUGCUCGCAUUACGACAGACAGGGCUAGUCUUCAUGUAACUUAGAGAGCCUAGGAGGUAUUAGACCUGAAUGAAAACGAGAUCAAAUUUGCACGUUAA